UAACACAAUUCUUGGAGAAGAGGGAUCAUACCAGCAAACAUUCGCAAUUGAAAAAUAAUUUAUAACACUUUGGUCAAUAUGGCAAAACCUAAAGAAAAAGAGCCCGUGGACAUAGUUCACCAGAAUGCUAUUCAUGUCGAGACAAUAACGAAGGAGCUGAGAACCCAGAAGCUUUACACGGAGUUUAACAUCAACCCCUUAAAGAAACUGCACAUUUUGACUGACAAACCCAUGUCCAACAUCACCUACAGAAAGGAAGAGGAAGACUCUGCUUUCCUCCAGGCCAUACACGGGGCCCGCCUGGAGCCAACAAAGAAGUACUCUCACCCUCAGACUGAAGCACAAGAGAUAGGAUGGAUAUCCACCCCUUUACUUGUCUCAGAUCGCAGUGACAGAAGAUUAAACUUUCCACGGCAGAACUCUGAAAUCACUAAAUACAUGGAUGCUGCCUGGCGGUUGAAGGAGCAGACAAAAAAUUUGGGAUGACACGACAGUUUAGGCUAUAUUUUCCUGAUGCCAUAGGAAUAAUGCAGAUAAACAAGUCUGAAUACAUCUGUGAGCACUGCAAAGUGAGCAUCCUAUGUCAUCACAAUAAACACUAAAUGUACAAAUA